CGGCGGCGGCGGCGGCGGCGGCGGCGGCGGUGUGUGGAUGGAGGCCUUGGCCCUCGGCCGGGCUCCGCCGGGCUGGCGGCGGCCCGCAGGCUCCGCGUUCCCGGUGCUCUCCAUCCUGCUCUCCGCCUUCCUGCUGCGGGCACCCCCGGCAGUUGGCUAUUUCGCUCGAUUACCGAGAAGUUUUCGCUUGACCCAAGAUUCAUUGAAAAUAGUGGGAUCAUCACAUUUUCCUGUGAGUGUAUAUGUCAUGCUCCAUCAAAAGAGUCCACAUGUGCUAUGUGUAACCCAACAACUGAGAAAUACCGAACUGGUAGACCCAUCAUUCCAAUGGCAUGGGCCAAAAGGAAAAAUUAUUUCAGAAAACAGCACUGCACAAGUGACAUCCACAGGAAGCCUCAUAUUUCAGAACUUUGAGGAGAGCAUGAGUGGAGUCUAUACAUGUUUCCUGGAGUACAGACCUACGGUGGAAGAAGUUGUUAAAAAUCUUCAACUGAAAUACAUUGUUUAUGCUUAUCGUGAUCCUCAUUUUUAUUACCAGUUCACAGCUCGGUAUCAUGCCGCUCCCUGCAAUAGUAUCUAUAAUAUUUCUUUUGAGAGGAAACUUCUUCAGAUUUUAAGUAAACUGGUUCUUGACCUUUCAUGUGAAGUUUCCUUACUUAAGUCUGAAUGCCAUCGUAUUAAAAUGCAAAGAGCUGGUUUGCAAAAUGAAUUAUUCUUCACAUUUUCAGUUUCAUCUAUAGACACUGACAAAGGACGGAAGCCGUGUACAGACCAUAAUUGUGAAACUUCCAAAAGAUUAUCUAAGGCUAAAAAUCUCAUAGAGAGAUUUUUUAACCAACAAGUAGAAGCUCUGGGCAAACGUGUAGAGCCAUUACCUGAAAUAUACUAUAUUGAAGGUACUCUCCAAAUGAUUUGGAUUAAUCGCUGCUUUCCAGGGUAUGGAAUCAAUUCCUUGAAACAUCCAAGAUGUCCUGAGUGCUGUGUUGUCUGCAGCCCUGGAUCGUAUAAUCCGCGGGAUGGAAUUCACUGCUUCCAGUGCAACAGCAGCCUAGUGUUUGGAGCGAAGGCAUGCAUAUAGGACAGUGCCUUGUAUGAUCCAGUGGUUUAUUGCACAUAAGUCUGUUUUUGAAAUGCUAAAAUAUAAUAAAUCACUAUUAUGACAAAAUUAAAAAAUCAUAUUUUACAAAGAAAUGGUGUCAUCAUUCAAUCCAACACUGUAUGUAUAAUCUUUAUACGUUAAUGCCAGAUCUAUAUCUGACUCCCAGAUAACUCUUGUAUCACACUGCAUUUUAAAAAUUGUUUGAGAUGUUCUGUAUCUUCAGGAAUUUUGAAAAAUAUAUCUCAUUUUAUCUUUACUAUAUGUUGCCUAAAUUCAGACAACCAUAUUCUUUUAUAAGAACUUUUAUUAUUUCAUCUCAUUGCAUUACUUUGAUUUAGUUUUAUUGGAUUUUAGACUUUAACUUGGCCUUUCACAUCUCCAAGUCAGUUUUUUAAAUGUCUGGGGUCCUAUUAUUGUACUUGUCAUCAUAAGACCUAGUCCCAGCGAUACUGUGAGUUUUUAAUAUAGUUCAGUAUGUCUAUCUUAAGCUUUCAGUUUAAAGUUUCUUAAGCCAGGUGUGGUAGUGCAUGCCUAUAAGCACAGUAAUUGGGAGGUAGAGGCAGGAUAUCAGGAGUUC